UCAUCGUUGUCUCCAGGUGUCUCGUCGCUACCAAGACACGCUCCGUCACCACCAUCCACCUCAUGGACGGCCAGGCGCCCUCCCCGGUCAUACACACUCCCAGCCAGCGGCCAUAUCCAUACCAUCCAAAUGCAGGAUACCCAUACACCCAGCAACAGCCCUACCCAUCUCCGCUCCCGACACACCCAGCCCGCCAACUCCACACACCACUGCCAUACAAUCCGUCGCAGAGACCAGUCCAUCCUCUCCCCAACGGCCACUCUCCCACGUUCCCCAUGACGCCUCCGUACGCGCCGUAUCUCAAUGGCCCAAUACAGACAAGUCCUCCGUCGUCCUCCGGCUCAGAGGCCCUGCCUUCAAACCAGAUUCACAUCGUGCAGACAACACCGCUGCCUGUCAUGCUACGCUCCAGCUCGACCUUGUCCACUACCAGCACGAACAGGCCGCCCCCGCUGUCCAACGGGCCCAGUCCGGCCGUUGAAGAGGUCAUAGUGGACAUGAGUGAUCAGUACGAGAUGUACCCGCCUCAACAAGCACAAAUGCGGCAGGUAGGACCAAGAACAGGGCUGGACCAGGUGCAAGCACGGUCUGUAGUGAAUGCAACACGACCGAACGAGAUGGACGGAGUGCCCAGGCAAAUGGUUAUGCCGCAACAAAUACCAAUAUCCAACCCAUUAUCGUCGGCAACGGUCGUAGGAACGAGUGACAGUAACCUCUGGCAAAGACCUCUGGAAGACGGCACUGGAUUGAGAGUGGUAGCUAAUUUCCUUGAAGGACUGGGGGCAAUGCAGAGUAAGAAUCUGGAGGGCUGGCUAUCAUUCGUCAUGUCUCACUUUGAGAACAAUUCACGGUUUCAAUUUGUAUUGAUAGGUGAAAAGUUCCAAAUGUUCGACGUCCCGAUUACUUACCUUCCUCGCUUCUUCCUCUCCCUUCCUUCACCACCCUCCAUAAUCCUGACAGAUCCCAUUGAAUCCCUUCCUUCCACUGAAGAAACGAUGGUCCUUUGUCCCGAUAUGGAAUGGCGCUGUGAUUCAAAAGCUUGGAAGGGAGCGCUGAACAUGGUGGUUGGGAAAAGAGGCAAAAUUGAGAAAAUGGAUAUCGUCCUGGGGAACAGGGAUGAGGGAGGAGAAAUAUUUUCAGAAGGGGCUUUGAGAGUCCUAAAAAUGGCCCAAGAGAUGGAAUCUUUUGCAUUGGUCAUGCGCUUAGCUCAGCAAGAGAACCUGCCUCCAAGAGAGGCAUUGCAACAAUUUAUUCAAGAAGAGUGAGGAGACUUUUCGCUUUCCUCCGUCUCAUCUUUGGAUCCAACCAUGAAGCGGCCUACACAGUGUAAUGGAAAAGGAAGCAAAAAGGGACAAGGACAAGUAUAUAAUGUAUAAUAGAACUAGUCAUCUGUAGAGAGAAGUUGUCGUUUAUCUUAUAUAGUACAAUUAGGCGUGUCAUCCAUCAGGGGGGCCAUCUUGACAAUAGUAUCGCUGCAUAGACAUGUAAUUCAUUC